AUGUGUCCCCAGGCCCCAGCCGCGUCGUGCUCGUCAUCGCUUUCACAGUCCCCUGCGAGCUUUUGUAGUCUAUCUACUUCCCCAGGACUUCGGCUGUCCGCUACGCCUUGCUCAUCACAACAGAAGCCACAGCGAUCAGCCUCAACAUCAGCAUUGGCGCAGGCGCCAGCGGCAGCGUCCAAGCCAGGACAUACGCCACGCCUUUCCAUAUCUGCUGCACAGCAGCAGCAGAACCAAAUCAAGCGAGGCCCCUUUUCCGCCGCCACACUCUCUCCCUCUGCACCGCCACCGUCGGAAAAGGGGUACAGCCGGCUGACCGUGGCGGUUGUCCGGGCGCUCGCCAAGCUCAUGGGAUACAACCGGAUGGGGUCCAGCGCCAUUCGCGUCACGAGCGACCUCUACGACCGGUGUGCUGAAGUGGCAGAGCUGCAGAAAGAUUUCUGGUACCAUGAUGCUGGCCUACCCGCGACGUAUCAAACUUGGUUCCACAUCACGUACCUGCACGUCUGGCUGCUGCACGUCCGCUUUCGCUCGCUCGCCUCUCCACCGUGCCCGCCAGGCGCGGCGCAGGCGUACGCGCAGGAGCUGAUCAACCACUUCUUCAUCGAUGCCGAGUCGCGCAUGCGCCAACGCUUCGGUGUGCAGACCGCGCGGCUGGUGAAGGGCUAUAUGAAGGACAUGCAUACGCAGCAGCGCGGCGCUCUCGUCGGCCUGGAUCAGAGCCUUGCGGCGGCCGCGCUGCACGACGACACGCAGCUCGCAGCCGCGCUCUGGCGCAAUAUCUGGGGCGCUGGCGGCUUCGGCGGGCAUGUAGGCGGCGUGAAGCGCAAGAUCAAAGGGAUCGACCGCACGGAAAAAGGCCAGGAUCCGUCCGAGGAAGGAACACCAGAACUCCAGCUGGACACCCGCGUUUUCGGCGCCGACGGCAAGGCUGGUGCCUCGCCAAGCUCGCAUCACAAUCUUGCUGGCGCCGACUCGUUCGCCAAGCAGCACCCCGAGCUCGCCUUCCCACAGCACCUGGAACGCCUCACGCUCUAUGUUCGUAGGGAAGUGCAGCGCCUUGCAAUGAUCUCCGAUGCCGACAUCCUAGCCGGAAGAGCGGCAACGGACGACAAGGACGUCAUGCCCGGCUCCAUCUUCGGCCGCGUAUAA